AUGCGAGGGUUCUUACUCCCUUUGCUGGCCACCGCCACAAUGUCGCGAGCUUCUGCUAUCCCUUCCGACACCUCUUCAUCGAAACGAGCAGUGGGUAGUUGGGAUGACGCGUACACCAAGGCGACAGCGGCCCUGGCAAAGCUCUCACAGAAUGACAAGAUUGGCAUCGUGACAGGGGUCGGAUGGCAGGGUGGUAACUGCGUUGGCAACACAAAGGCUGCGAGCUCGAUUGGGUAUCCUUCACUCUGUCUGCAGGACGGGCCAUUGGGGGUUCGUUACGUCCAAGGCGUGACUGCGUUCGCUGCAGGGAUUCAUGCAGCCAGCACAUGGGACGUCAACCUCGUUCGCGAGCGUGGCGCCUUUCUCGGCGCUGAAUCAAAGCAACUCGGUGUCCAUGUCCAGCUAGGCCCAUCUGCGGGACCUCUCGGCAAGUUCGCGCAAGGUGGUCGCAACUGGGAGGGGUUUGGGUCGGAUCCCUAUCUCCAGGGAAUCAUGAUGGCCCAGACGAUUGAGGGCAUGCAGGAGUCAGGUGUGCAAGCAACAGCUAAGCAUUUCAUCUUGAACGAACAAGAGCUGAACAGGGAGACAAUGAGUGCGGAUCUCUAUGUUUGGCCUUUCAUGGAUGCCAUUAAGAGCAACGUUGCAGCUUUCAUGUGCAGCUACAACAAGAUCAAUGGCGCAUGGGCUUGUGAGAACGAUGGCAUCAUGAAUAAGCUCCUCAAGGAUGAGCUAGGGUUCCGUGGCUAUAUCAUGUCUGAUUGGAACGCGCAACACACCACGCUUGGCAGCGCGAAUGGCGGUCUUGAUAUGACCAUGCCAGGAACAGAUUUCGAAAAGAAGAACGUGUACUGGGGUCCGCAGCUCCAGAGCGCUAUCAACAAUCGUCAAGUACAGCAAUCUCGUCUCGAUGACAUGGUCAAGCGCAUCCUAGCCGCCUGGUACCUUCUCGGCCAAGAUAAGAACUAUCCUACUGCGACUUUCAACUCAUGGAAGAUCGGAAGCCGCGAUGUUGGCGGAAAUCACAAGACUAAUGCUCGUGCCAUGGCCCGGGACGGAAUCGUUUUACUGAAGAAUACAAACUCUGUGCUGCCUUUCAAUAAGCCAAAGAGCAUUGCUGUGAUCGGAAGCGACAGCAUUGUCGCACCAAAGGGAGCAAACGCCUGUGUAGAUCGCGGCUGUAACGACGGCACUCUAGCCAUGGGCUGGGGGAGUGGUAGCGUAGAAUUCCCCUAUCUGAUCGCUCCCCUAGACGCUAUCAAAGCACAGGCUCAGAAGGACUCUACCACGAUCACCUCUUCUCCUAAUGACAACGCUCAGCAGGGUGCAAGCGCGGCGCAAAAUGCAGACAUCGCCGUUGUGUGCAUCAACAGCGCUGGAGGCGAGGGAUACAUUACGGUUGAGGGCAAUGCUGGCGACAGGAAGAACUUGGAUCCAUGGCACAAUGGAAACGAACUGGUCAAGGCCGUCGCCGCCGUGAACAAGAAGACUGUCGUUGUCGUGCAUUCAGUCGGCCCGGUUAUCAUGGAGCCGUGGAUUGACAACCCAAACGUCGUCGCCGUAGUUUGGGCUGGCCUUCCUGGCCAAGAGUCCGGCAAUGGCCUCGUCGAUAUUCUCUAUGGAGCAGCGUCUCCCUCAGGGAAAUUGCCAUAUACGAUCGCGAAGAGACCAGAGGAUUACGGCACAGCCAUUGCACGCGGCAACGACGCAGCCUGGGACCUCUUCGUCGACUACCGCCACUUCGAUAAGCAGAACAUUGCGCCCAGGUUCGAAUUCGGCUUCGGCCUCUCGUAUACAAAUUUCACCUAUUCUGAUCUCGGUGUUUCCGGUGCGCCAACUGCGGGCCUGGCGACUGGUGCAAAGGGGCCAGGUGGACCGGCGGAUCUGUGGGAAACUGUCGCGACUGUUACUGCGAAGGUGGCUAACAGUGGCGGUGUCGCAGGUGCAGAGGUUCCGCAGCUGUAUCUGGGAUAUCCGGCAGCUGCUAGUACGCCGUCGAAGCAGUUGAGGGGAUUCGCGAAGCUGAAGCUGGAGGCCGGGGCGAGUGGGACGGCGACAUUCAAGCUGCGGAGGAGGGAUUUGAGUAUUUGGGAUGAGAAGACGAAGCAGUGGAGUGUGGUAAGCGGAGAGUACGGUGUCUUUGUUGGCUCGAGUUCGAGGGAUGUCAGCCUACCAUCCCGCUACCGAACCCUUACCUUUAUCCACCCAUCUCCACUCAACAUGCUGCCACAAAUCAUGAAGCCCUCCACCAUUCGGUCUGCAAGUGUCCUGGGACAAAUCACCAAGAACCGCGUACAGGCACGCUAUCUGGCGACUGUGCAGUCAAACACCGCCCGCGAUAUCCCUAAGCCCCAACGCAAGGCUACCCCAAUCUCACAUGAGAGGGCGACCUUCACAAUCAAGAAUGGUCCCAUCUUCACUGGCAAGUCCUUUGGUGCCAAGACCAACAUCUCAGGAGAAGCCGUCUUUACCACAUCCCUUGUUGGAUACCCCGAGUCCAUGUCCGAUCCUUCCUACCGUGGUCAGAUCCUCGUCUUCACCCAACCGCUGAUCGGCAACUACGGCGUCCCGUCAGCUGCCCGCGAUGAGCAUGGGCUGCUCCGAUACUUCGAGUCGCCCAACAUCCAAGCCUCUGGCAUCGUCGUCCAAGACUAUGCCCUAAAGCACAGCCACUGGACCGCUGUCGAGUCUCUUGCUGAAUGGUGCGCGCGUGAGGGUGUACCCGCCAUUUCUGGCGUCGACACCCGUGAGGUUGUGACAUAUCUCCGUGAGCAGGGCUCUUCGUUGGCCCGCAUCACCAUUGGUGAAGAGUACGAUGCGGAUGAGGAUGAGGCCUACGUCGACCCGGAGGCUAUCAACCUUGUCCGUCGUGUUUCCACCAAGGCUCCGUUCCAUGUCAGUUCCUCUCUAGGUGACAUGCACGUUGCUCUGCUCGACUGCGGUGUCAAGGAGAACAUCCUUCGCAGUCUUGUCACCCGUGGGGCCAGCGUCACCUGCUUCCCCUUCGACUACCCCAUCCACAAGGUCGCCCACCACUUUGACGGUGUCUUCAUCUCUAACGGCCCCGGUGACCCGACUCACUGCACGUCCACCGUUUACAACCUCCGCAAGCUGUUCGAGACGUCCCAAAUCCCUGUCAUGGGCAUUUGCAUGGGUCACCAGCUUAUUGCUCUUGCUGCCGGUGCUAAGACCAUCAAGCUCAAGUACGGUAAUCGUGCCCACAACAUUCCGGCUCUCGACCUCACAACCGGAAAGUGCCACAUCACGUCGCAGAACCACGGCUAUGCGGUCGAUCCCACGACCUUGUCUAGCGACUGGAGGGAGUACUUCACCAACCUGAAUGACCAGUCCAACGAGGGCCUGAUCCACAAUUCUCGGCCCAUCUUCAGCGCCCAGUUCCAUCCUGAGGCCAAGGGCGGCCCUCUCGACUCGGCCUACUUGUUCGACAAGUACAUUGAGAAUGUUCAGCAGUACAAGGACCAUCAGGCGACAUUCUCGGACAGGAACAACAAGCCCAGCCCACUUCUAGUCGACUUGCUCAGUAAGGAGCGUGUCGGUGUGCAUCCCGAUGCGCCUGACGUCGAUGGCCACGCAGGGGGGCAGGUUAGGCAUGAGGUGGUCAUUGAUGGCCCAGUCGCACCUCCCUAUCAGCCCAUUACUCAGAAGCCCGUCGCUGCUGCCGCCUAG